AUCCAAGGACCUUGUUUCUUUGCCACCCCCGCCCGCCGAUCCAUCGCCCCGGCCUGCCACACCUGGCCGCUCUACUUCUGUAUAUAUAGGAGGAGCCUCCCACGCGGACUGCGAGGACCAACGUACCCAGCUAUCCAUCCAUCCGCUCACCGAUCGCCAUGGCCGUGGACGCGCAGCACCUCCUCUUCGCCACUGGCCAACACCAGCCUCCCUCCGCCGCCCUCGGGCGGCCGGGCGGGGCUAUGCCGAUGAUGGGUGGAGCCGCGGCUCCAGCGUUCUCGCCAUGUUACGGCGGCGUCGCCGUGGGGAGCCACCAGCAGCAGCAGGCCUACCUGUCAUCGUCGUCGUCGCAGUACAUGGGCCUCGUCCCGGCGCCGGCGCCGCAGCAACCGUCGGCGGGAGGGCAGCAGGAUCAGUACACGGAGUUCCUCGCGCUAGCCGCGGCCGAUCUCGCCAAGAGGGGCGUCAGCCUCCACGGCGCCCAGGAAAUGGUCGCCGGCUACAAGAGGAAGCGCGACGACCACUCGUCGCCGGCGAGCGUCCUAGCGGCCCACGCGCAGCAGCAGGCGGCCGCCGUCGACCGCGUCCUGCUCAAACACGCGGCCAACAUGUGGACGGCUCUGGCGGAGCAGCGGAAGAGGCACGCGCGGCUCAUCCUCUCCACCGUCGAGGCCCGGGCGGCGAAGCGGCUCAAGGCCAAGGACGAGGAGAUCGACCGGCUCAGGGGCUUGAACUGGGCGCUCGAGGACAGGCUCAGGAACCUCUACGUCGAGGCGCAGAUGUGGCGCGACAUGGCGCAGUCCAGCGACGCCGCCGCCACCGCGCUCCGCGCCGACCUGCAGCGGGCGCUCGACGCGCAGGCGGUCCGUGGCGGCGGCAUCGGCGGCGACGCGGAAGACACCGGGUCCUGCUGCUGGGGGGACAACAACCGCGGGGACCAGGAGGAGGAGGAGGUCAGGACGCCGGUGGCGACGGUCGUCGGGACGUGCAAGGGGUGCGGCGAGGGCGACGCCGUCGUGCUGAUGCUGCCGUGCAGGCACCUCUGCGUGUGCGCGUCGUGCGCGGCCACGGCGCCGGCGUGCCCGGCCUGCGGGUGCGCCAAGAACGGCACCGUCUGCGUCAACUUUUCCUGAUGCGGGCAAGGAAUAGUUUAGAGUCGACUUUUUUUUUUACUCUCUUAUAUAUGAAACUUGGUAGAGUCGACUUUGUAGUUUUGUACCCUUCUCCUGUUUUUUUUUUUUCCUUAGAUAGAUAGAUGGGGGGUGCAUCAUAGCGCGAUGGUUGGUCGAAUGACCUCGCUUAGAGAGGAUGAGUGCCCCCCAACUCCUUUCUUCGGUUUAGUUUAGCUUUUCUUCUCAAGAUGUUGGAUCAAUUGUUCAACAAGCUGAGAAAAAGUUCUGAAUAUUGCAUAUCAGUGCUUUAAACUCAAGGACAUUUCAUAAACUUGUUGUGUCCCUGUUUUUAGAUCAAGGGAAAGCUAUGGUACAACAGGAGGGCGACGACGAGGGCUAAUUUGUCGUGACUUAGGUGACCGCUUGACCAAAGCUGUGGUGGUUUGUCGUGACUAAGGUGACCGCUUGACCGGGGCGACGGGAGAUCGUGCCAACAAUGAGUGCGUCAGCCUAGAGAAACUGCAAGCAAGGAGGAUGGCAUAUGUGGUUGUCACGAGGCAACCGAGGCACGGAGAGGGAGGGGCGGGGGAGGAAGGUCGUAUGUCUCGCUGCAUGUGAAGAAAGGCUAACUAGGGUUUAGUUCACCUUUUCUUCUCAAGAUGUUGGAUCAAUUGUUCAACAAGAUGAGAAAAAGUUCUGAAUA